AUGGUCCCUUUCAUGAGAGGGAACUAUAGGACCCCCUCCUCUGCAAAACUCCAUUAAAAAAAUAGCGGAUUUCCUUUUCUCUCCUUUUCUGCUGAUUCCUCUUCUUCACCCCGUAACUCCCUUCCCUCUUUAAAAGUCCUCCUUUCCUCUUUCUCCGAAACCACGACUGCAAUCUUCUCCAGAGUAUCAGAAGUGAACUUCGAGGCCCUAAGUUGCCAUGUUCGGAAAAGCCCUCUCUUCCCCCUCGCCGUCCACCGGCUCUCUCGAUGGUGAUGGCGACCUCGAGGUGGGAUUCUCCGGCGGAGUCGCGCCUUUGCCGACCCCUCUUUUUUACGGAAGAGGAAACAAUCGGGCGUUAAUAACUCGAACGCCGGCGAGGUUCUUCUGCGACGAUCUCUCAGAUGUCGAAUCUCACCAUUUUCUCGACUUUUGCUUCCUCUGCAAUAAGCAUCUGGGGGGCAACCGCGACAUCUACAUGUACAGGGGUGAUAUGCCGUUCUGCAGUGUUGAGUGCCGGCAGGAGCAGAUUGAUAUGGAUGAGGCUAAAGAGAGAAACUGGAAGAUCGCGAUUAUGGAGCGGCAGCAGAAGCAUAAAAAGCCAUCGAGCCCAAAUAAAUCCCAGAGAAUCAAGGUCCGGCUGGGAACCGUCGUUCCGGCCUGAGAUCUACGGCGGCGAUAUAACAGAACUUCGUCUUCAUAGAUGUAGAUGAAGACAAAUAUAAAUGAAAGUGAGAUAAGGAGAGAAGUAUCCGAAGGAAAUCGUGUGAUCUGAAAAAGAUUGGGGUUUUGAUUAGGGUUAGGUUUUCUGCCCUCUAUUUGAGCUUUGAUCGGAUCUGGCCGCCGGCGGUGGUCACUUGGAUCUCAAGUUUUCUUUUUUUUUUUUUAAUGAUAUGUACAGGAAGGUUUUUCCUGUAAAU